UCGUUGCUGACCGACACAUCCCUACCGCCCCAGGGAGAUCCAUUCAUCCAUCCACCCACACACCGGAUAAUAAAAAAAGCCUGCAUCUCUGCUGCUGACAUUACAACAUGUGAAAGACGCUUCGCUGUUGGCCUGUAGUUCUUUGGGGGAUUUACCGGGAGCAGAUCAGAAACUACAGUUUCUCUGAACCGCGGACACGAUGAGCAGCGGCCGCCUCUCUCUGCACGUGCUGCUCCUGUGCGGACUACUCCGGGCGCAGCAACAGCUGCUGCCCGGGUCCUGCAACUUCGAGCUGGGCACCUGUGGCUACACAUCCGACCCGGAGUACGGCAGCUGGAGCAUGAAUGAAGAAGGGCAUUUGAUAACAGUGGACUCAGCCUUCUUGAAGGAGCAGGAGCAGGCGGUUCUGGUCAGUCCAGUCCUGGAGCAGCAGGACUGGAGCUGUGUGAGGCUGGUGUACCAGAUCACUGGACAGGGUUCCCUGCAGCUCUACCUCAGACCCGACGGAGACAACUUUGACUACCGACUGUGGAGAGCCAACAAAGCCUCUGACAGCUGGCUCAUUGCUAGUGUGGACCUGCCAAACACCACCAUCCCCUACCAGGUUUUGUUGGAAGGUCGACCUGAACGGGACUCAGGGAACAACGUGGCCAUCUUUGAAAUUCACAUUGUUCCUGGUUUCUGUAUAGAGUGUAACUUUGAGGAGCAUCACCUGUGUGGCUACAGUAACAGCUGGAACCCAAAUGUCAACUGGUACGUUGGGGGGAGUGUGGCCAGAGAGUCCAACCUGCUGCUAAACCACACCAACAACCAGAGAGGCCACUACAUGUAUGUGGACUCGGUGUACGCCAAGCACUUCCAGGAAGUAGCCAAGCUGACAUCGCCCAUGACCACGGCGCCCAUGGCCGGCUGCCUGUCCUUCUACUACCUCAGAGACCAGGAGAGGGGAAACAUCUUCUCAGUGUUCACCAGAGACCAGCUGGGCCACUAUGAGGAGAUCUGGAGGCCAGAGGUGUACGCUACAGCUGGCUGGACUCAGGUCAGCGUGGACAUCAAGGCCCCACACCCCUUGGAGGUGGUGUUUGAGGUGGCUUUUAACAGUGCCAGAGGUGGAUACGUGGCCAUAGAUGACAUCUCCUUUUCUCCUGAAUUCUGCCACACUGACACAGAGCCAACCUUUGACCCCUCUAUCGCCAACUGUGACUUUGAGAAUGGGCUGUGCCUGUACUACCAGGAGAGGAUGGAGAGUAAGGUGUGGAGCAGAGUCACAGUCAAGCCCAAUGCCUACAGGAUAGGAGACCAUACCACUGGAGCAGGCUGUUUCCUCCUGGCCAACACGCGUUUCACUGCUAGGCCCGGCUAUGUGGGUCGGCUUCACGGUCCCUUCUUACCAGGGAACCACAAAUACUGCGUGAGGUUCUACUACAUGCUUCAUGGAUUUCGGAAAGUAGACAAUGCUCUGGUUCUUUACAUUUAUGACGAGAACAAUGUGGCCCAGGAGAAGGUGUGGAGCCUGGCUGACACUUCUGCGGCUAUGUGGACUGAGGUGGAGAUCACCUACGUGAAGCCCAUGCUUUCCAAGCUAGUGUUUGUCAGCAUAUGUAAGAACUUCUGGGAAUGUGGCCUGGCAGCCAUCGAUGACAUCACUGUCAGCCUGGGGGACUGUCAAAUCACAGCAGGCUCCCUCCCAGGCCGCUGUAACUUUGAGAGCGGAGUCUGUGGCUACAUCCAGGAUAAGAAAGAAGACAAAGCCGACUGGCUGCGAGUCCGAGGACACACCCCCACCUCCUAUACAGGGCCCAGAGGAGACCACACUACUGGGGUGGGUUACUUCAUGUACAUCGAGGCGUCUCUCAUGCGCCUGGGACACAAGGCUCGGCUGCUGACCUCUGAUCUGCGGGGCGCCUCGUCCCCCCAGUGUUUGAUCUUCUACUACCACAUGUAUGGAUCUGGCACCGGCAUACUGACCGUGCUCCUGCGCCGCAGCAGCAGAGAGCAGGACGCGUUGCUAUGGAGACGUCGCGGGGAGCAGAGUGUCAGCUGGAUGAGGGCGAUGGUGGACUACCGCUGUGAUGUCCGACACCAGAUUAUAUUCGAAGCCAUCCGAGGCCCAUCACUACGAAGUGAUAUCGCAAUUGAUGACAUCCAUUUUAAAAGGGGACCAUGUGAAGAUCCUGGUGACAUCACUCCAUACUCAGGCUUCUCAGAGUAUUUCAAUGAGAUUGAGAAUUGAGACUGGCGGGAAAGUCUUUCUGCAUAAAUGCUUGGUAGUUUUUCAGAGUUUGGCUGGGUGGCUUUCAGAAGUGUGAAUGUGAACCAUCCACCAAAACAAUUUACAAAGUUGUAGAGCAAUGUAUAUGAUGCAGCCAAUAAUUGGAAUUGUAUUAAACACUGGGGAAUGGUUGGGAUUUCUCCUUGGGACAACGUUAUCCAACUACAUCUCACAACAGUCACACCAAAGGUCCAUAUAGGCUGGUUCACUAUCCAUCUCUCUCACACAUAAUGCAAAACUCAUACACUGGCAAGUAAAGCCUACAUGCAGCCUUCUGUCCACUCAAGCAUAAGAAUAUUGCAGGUAUUAAAGUCGGUUUUCUACCUUUUGAAACUUCUCCCUCCUGGCUUUACAUGCAGCAAAGUCUUGAUUACAUUUGAAUCCUUCAUUCAAUUCAUAGGUAUACUAACGUUAGUUGGCUAACUGCUGCUACUAGGCCUACUGCUUUUCUCCAGCUAAAACAAAGUUUUUGAGCUCCUGUUAGGGGAACGACUCAAAACGGCUCUCCGUCACGUUCACAUUUCUUUCCAGACAGACAGUUUGCACUCGCGCUACUGCCAUGUGAAGAAACAGCGCGCACACACACACACACACACACACACACACACACACACACACACACACACAC